AUGGCUGACUCUCAACAACAACCUCACCUCACCAGCGGUUUACAGGAGCCCUCUAUUCCUCCAACCUCUACGUCUCAAGAACCCACAGACUCUGCCAUAAAAGCUGAACCUGGCAUCGACGGUUCAGACGAAGGAGAUAUCGAUAUGAACAUCGACGAAGCCGCCACCGGCGCUGGUCCGGAAGAGGAUGCCACUCUCGAGCCUAUCACUGCAGCACCGCCACCAUCUAAGAAGGAAACAAGCUUGCGUGAAUUUCUGGGAAAGAUGGAUGAAUACGCACCAAUCAUUCCCGAUGCUGUCACAGCACACUACCUCACCCUUGCCGGUCUCCCUCCCCUAGGCACAGGCCCAAACCAAACCCCACCUCACUUAGCACGACUCCUUGCGCUAGCGACGCAAAAAUUCAUUUCUGAUAUCGCUGCCGACUCAUAUCAAUAUGCUCGCAUCCGCGCAUCUAACAGCUCCUCGGCCAGUAAUCCCAUGGGCAGUCUGAAUGCCGCAUCUGGGUUGGGCGUACCCGCGGGCACCGCUGCACCUGGUGGUGUAACCGGUGGUGAUAGCAAGGGCGGCAAGGGCAACACACACCUUGGCAUCCAGCGACCUGGCUUUGGUGGUGGUGGUUCUGGCGGUACUGGACAGGGCCGGACCGUAUUGACGAUGGAGGAUCUCGGCAUGGCGGUAUCCGAGUAUGGAGUCACCGUCAAGCGCGGUGAAUUCUAUCGUUAG